AUUCAAGCUCGCUGCCGAUCCUUAGUACCCUGAGUUGCCUGAAGGGGGGAAUGGCACUGCCUGCGUGUGCAGCCCGGGCGCUCGGGCCGCCGCUGCAACCGGAGCGAGGAGCGCCCGCCCGCACCACCUGUCCCCGCCGGCAUUCCAGAGUAGAGGCCGAAUUGGCAGCGAGCCGGCCCGGAGCAGUCGCCGCCUCAGUCCGCGCGGGCCCUCCUAGGGGUGUGUCUCGCGGCUUCAACUCCCAGCCGCUCCCGGACGAGCCCCUAAAGGCGUCUUCCUCCCUGGCGGGAGCCGCGCGCACCCCUCUCCUCGCGCUGCUGCCCCGAGGCCGCCGCAGGCGGAUGCACGACCUCAGGAGACGCUGGGACCUGGGCUCCCUCUGCCGGGCCCUGCUCACUCGGGGCCUGGCCGCCCUGGGCCACUCGCUGAAGCACGUGCUCGGUGCGAUCUUCUCCAAGAUUUUCGGCCCCCUAGCCAGCGUCGGGAACAUGGAUGAGAAAUCCAACAAGCUGCUGCUGGCUUUGGUGAUGCUCUUCCUAUUUGCCGUGAUCGUCCUCCAGUACGUGUGCCCCGGCACAGAAUGUCAGCUCCUCCGCCUGCAGGCGUUCAGCUCCCCGAUGCCGGACCCGUACCGCUCGGAGGAUGAGAGCUCCGCCAGGUUCGUGCCCCGUUACAAUUUCAGCCGCCGCGACCUCCUGCGCAAGGUAGACUUCGACAUCAAGGGCGAUGACCUGAUCGUGUUCCUGCACAUUCAGAAGACCGGAGGCACCACUUUCGGCCGCCACCUGGUGCGCAACAUCCAGCUGGAGCAGCCGUGCGAGUGCCGCGUGGGUCAGAAGAAAUGCACUUGCCACCGGCCGGGUAAGCGGGAGACCUGGCUCUUCUCCAGGUUCUCCACGGGCUGGAGCUGCGGGCUGCACGCCGACUGGACCGAGCUCACCAGCUGCGUGCCUGCCGUGGUGGACGGCAAGCGCGACGCCAGACUGAGACCGUCCAGGAACUUCCACUACAUCACCAUCCUCCGAGACCCAGUGUCCCGGUACUUGAGUGAGUGGAGGCACGUCCAGAGAGGGGCAACAUGGAAAGCAUCCCUGCACGUCUGUGACGGAAGGCCCCCAACCUCCGAAGAGCUGCCCAGCUGCUACACUGGGGAUGACUGGUCUGGCUGCCCCCUAAAAGAGUUCAUGGACUGUCCCUAUAAUCUAGCCAAUAACCGCCAGGUGCGCAUGCUCUCCGACCUGACCCUGGUCGGCUGCUACAACCUCUCCGUCAUGCCUGAAAGGCAAAGAAACAAGGUCCUCCUGGAAAGUGCCAAAUCGAAUCUGAAGCACAUGGCAUUCUUCGGCCUCACUGAGUUUCAGCGGAAGACCCAGUACCUGUUUGAGAAAACCUUCAACAUGAACUUUAUUUCGCCAUUUACCCAAUACAAUACCACUAGGGCCUCUAGCGUAGAGAUCAAUGAGGAAAUCCAAAAGCGGAUUGAGGGACUGAAUUUUCUGGAUAUGGAAUUGUACAGCUAUGCAAAAGACCUCUUUUUGCAAAGGUAUCAGUUUAUGAGGCAGAAGGAGCAUCAGGAAGCUAGGCAGAAGCGUCAGGAACAACGCAAAUUUCUGAAGGGGAGGUUCCUUCAGACCCAUUUCCAGAGUCAGGGCCAGAGCCAGAGCCAAAGCCACAGGCAGAAUCCGAGUCAGAAUCUGAGUCAGAACCCAAAUCUGAGUGCCAAUCAGAAUGUGACUCAGAAUCUGAUUCAGAAUCUGACCCAGAAUUCGAGCCAGAAGGAGAACCGUGAAAGCCACAAGCAGAACCCAGGUCAAGAGCAGAGCGAUGGCAGCGCCAGCAACAGCACCAGUGAUUACAUAGGCAGCGUGGAGAAAUGGCGUUAGGUGGCUCCCAGAGGCCUUUGCACGCUUGUCCCAAAGCGCCAGUAGAGAUACGGCAAAUCUUAAAACAUGAGAGUUUCCAAACACAUCCUGCUUCCUUCAGUUUGGAAGUUAAAAAAAAGUUAAGAUGUUGCCUUUACAGUUGCCUUUCAAUUAAAUGUUAUACUGUGCGUGGGUAAAACAACUGUCAGCAUGUAAUUAAAUUGCCUCUUUUGGGUUUGUUGGAGUAUUUAUAAAAUCCAAAAGCCAAACCAGACUCGCCAGAAAUUGCUGUUUCGAUAUUUUAAGAAAUGCUUAAAUGAGCUAUAGAGACAAAAUGAAAACAUAACAUGUGGCCAUUCAACUUUGGCUAAGAAACGUCUCCAAAUUAUUCAUGAUACACUGUUAAAACUUGCUCUUGGAAGCAAACAGUUGUUCCCAGGGGUAAGCAGGAAUAUACACAUUUAAAAAACCAAAAUUAACCCCAGAACCUUUUAUUUUCUUCUGAUUUUAACCAGGAAUCUAUUUAAAUGGAAUGAGAACUGAUGGUAAAUCUUACCAAACUGUAGAAAUGAAGAUUCUUCUCUCCCAAACAUGGGCAGUUUUAUGUAAGAAAUAUUGGCUUUUCAAGUAGAACAGGAUUCGUAUCUUAUUUAAGAGAUGUUUAGAAUUUUCAACUUUUUCUACCUUCUACUGUUUAAAGGUUUUAAACAGGGUGUGUCUCAUAGUUAACAAAAACACUUUUCUCCCAAGUGAAAUACCAGUGUAGAGAUCUGAUUUUCAGACGCUCUCUGGGCACUGUAAUUUCAACAAUUCUGGAAUCUUGUUGGCGCUGCUUCUCAUUCAUUUGAAGGCUUCUCCGAGUUGUGCUCAUUCCAAAAUAACCCAUUUAAAGAAUCUUUCUUCAUCAUCUAAAUGGUGUGUUGCUGAGUUUCUUGUGAUAUAUAAUCCUGGAUUAAAGUCAGGACUUUCUUUCUAUAGAAUUGUCUUAUCAAUGUUUGUGUAGUGAGGUCCUUAUCAAGAAACUCUUGAACAGGAUAACGUGUCUAAAAACAUUGAAGUUAUUCUUGAUCAGAUAGAAUUGAACCUGAAUGUGAAUGAAUUGUUAUUGACUUUUUGUACAUUCUUAUUGUGCCAUUUCCAGUUGGGCUGGCUGCUUCUAGCCCAUUUGUUCUUUUUUGUGUUGACAGAUUGUAGACAAUUACGAGAUGAAAAAAAAAAAAAUGGUAGAAUAAGCAUUAGGAUAGCCAGUUAUUCGGUAACACCAAAAGCUGUAUCUCGAUACUUUGGGUUAACCCUAUACCCGGUUUUGUUUGAAGAAAGAAGAGAAAGUGUUCUGCAGUGAGGUUGAGUCUCAGGAGCAUAUGCAUUGAGGAGAGUGAUUUCAUAUUAAGUCUCUGGACAAACACUUGUAGGCGAUCAGUUAUGAACCAAGCAGGGCGAGAAGAAAGAUGCCAGCACCCACUGUGCUAGCAAGCGUCGUGAUUCUGGGCAGUUUCCAUUUUAUGGGUUUUGCUAUACUUUGCAGGGACCUACACUAACCCCCUGGCUGUCGAGCCAACAAGACAACUGGAAAUAGCAUUGAUGUUUUCAGGAGCGACACGCUUAGAAGUGUGACGAUAAAGUCACAUCUUGUACAAUCCGCUGCUUAUAUGCAUGAUCUAGUCUCAUCUGUAAUACUUAUGGCCACAAGCCAGACAAGAAGCUGCGUAUUUGGGUUUAAAAAUAAAUUUUCUUGACGCUGAGCUUGUAUCACUAUAUCUGAAAUGUGUUUUAUCUGACAGUAUUGCAGUCCUGGGAAAUCUGAGAACUGAAGAACUGAAAGGAAUUUUUUUUUUUUUUUUAAACUCAAACAUACCUUGAAGUCAACGUGCUUUAGAGUGAAACUAUUUUGUGUACAUUGUGUUUUUAAAAUAAAGAUCCUGUAGAUCACUGUGGUAUCUCAGUUUUCUUUAGUUUUAAUUGACAACAUUUGCUCUUAAAACGGAUAAGUACCUUUGGAAAGCAGGAUGGAGCCCGAGCCAGUGGAAAUGUCUGUUACAGGGGGAAAAAAAGGAAAACCUUUUGUGUUAUUGCUGUGGUGUGCAUGGCUUGCAGAGAUUACGUGCAUUUUCUCUGUCUAUACUGAUUAUUGUAUAUAAGGGAUGUUUAUAAAUACCCGUUUUUGUCAUCAUCCUAUAAAUCCCAUGAUUUCAACUGUAAACAUCCGUUCAGUGGUGUGGCUUUACAAACAAUUCACUGAUUUUGUGUAAUUUAA